ACAAAAAUUAUGCCAGCGAUAGGAAUCGACUUGGGGACAACAAAUUCUUGCGUGGCAGCUUUUCGAAAUGGGAGGGUUGAAAUUAUCGCAAAUGAUUCAGGAAAUCGUGUUACUCCGUCUUACGUAUCGUUUACAAGGGACGAAAGAUUAGUAGGUGAAGCAGCCAAAGAAGAGGAGACAACAAACUACGAGAAUACGCUUUGCCAAAUCAAGCGUUUGAUUGGUCGAACCUAUGAUGAUCCUUUGGUUCAAACUGAUAUGAAAUUGUGGGGAUUCACCGUUAUUAACGAUGGCAACAAGCCUAAGAUACCGGUAAUCCAAAGCGACAAACGAAGUAUAUUAUCUCCAGAACAAAUAAGUGCGAUGGUUCUUGAGGAUAUGAAAAAAACGGCUGAAGCAUUCUUGGGUGAAACCGUAACUGAUGCAGUCAUUACAGUCCCUGCAUAUUUCAAUGACGCUCAACGAAAAGCAACUAAUGAUGCUGGGGUAAUAGCAGGUCUCAAUGUUAUUGGCAUGAUCAAUGAGCCGACUGCGGCCGCUGUGGCAUAUGGUCUGGACACACAGAGCGACAAUGAACGGAAUGUUCUCAUAUUUGAUCUCGGAGGAGGCACCUUCGAUGUAACCAUCGUGAAAAUUAAAGGCCGCAAGUUUGACGUGAAAGCAACGGGAGGUGACACUCACUUGGGGGGUGAAGACUUUGAUAACAAACUCAUGAAGCAUUUCGUUUCUGAGUUCAAAGAAAAACACGGUGAAGAUAUUUCAGAAAACAAAAGAGCAUUGAAUCGUCUUCGAGUGGCGUGCGAAGGAGCAAAAAGAAAAUUGUCAACGUCAAAACAGACCAAGGUUCAACUCGAUGUUCUGCAAGGAGGAUAUGAUUUUAGCAGCACUAUUUCAAGGGCAAAAUUUGAAAAUCUGAACUGCGAUUUUUUUGAUAGAGUUUUUGAUACGGUGAAAAAGACUCUUUCCGAUUCCGGACUUAAAAAGAAAAAUAUUGACGACGUUGUUCUUGUCGGAGGCUCUACGCGAAUUCCAAAAAUUCGGGAAAUGUUGGAAAAGUAUUUCGACAACAUGGAGCUUAAAAGAACUAUCAAUCCUGACGAAGCAGUUGCUCAUGGUGCAGCCGCAUACGCGUUUUCACUUGGUUCUGUGAAAGAUCCUGCACUGGAGGAAUUCGCUCUUGAAGAUGUUAUCCCAAUUUCUAUCGGCUUCCAAGAGAAAGGUGGGAUCAUGCUUUUUUCAAUUAUGCGGAACACGAAGAUUCCCACCAAAGUGAGGGAGAACCUAGUGACAACGAUAGAUAACCAAGAAAGUAUGGAAUUUAAGAUUUAUGAAGGUGAGCGCACUUUGGUCAAAGAUAAUCAUUUUCUGGGGAAAUUCACUAUCUCGGGAAUUACUCCCGCACCAAAGGGAAAGGGGAGAGUUGGAGCGUUAAUUGAAAUUAACGCGUGUGGAAUUCUUCAUGUCAAAGCGAUUGAGGAAAUCACAGGAAAUUCAAGUGAAAUAACGAUUGCAAGAGACAAAGGACGAUUGAGUGAGAGCGAGAUAAAACAAAUGGUGCAAGAAGCGGAGGAAUUUAGAAAAAAAGACCAAGAGCUAAAACAGCGCAUCGAGGCAAUGAAUGAUUUUGAAGAUUACGCGUACAGCAUAAAGAAACAAGUGGAUCAAAGGCUGUUUACCAGAAAGCAGAGAAAUUCUUUGACGAACAAACUCACUGAAAUUUUUCAAUGGCUAGAUAUAAACAAGAAAGAACCUCCGGAAAUAUCUCAUGUGCAAGCGAAGAAGAAGGAAUUAAAGAAAUUAUUUACAUAGGUUAAUAACAUGGAAAUUAUUAUAUUUGUUGAUUUUCCAACCAAUUCCUAUGACUUUGCAUUUGCAUAUACUGAAGAUUGUUAUUAAACGAUAACAUGACUAACGUGAAUUCAAAAGUAUGUUAAUGGACAUAAGACUCACAUUUUGUAAAUAUUAUUGAUAUAACAAUUGCUAUCUCUUCAAGUACUUGACCAAUAGCGUUUCAAGUUUCAGUGAGGUAAAAUGACUGUUUCAUUCUUGUUUUAAA